AUUUAAAGUUGUCACAGUCUUGUCUUUUAAGACAUACAAUGAAAUGAUGAAUUUACUUCCAACAUCAUGCUAGUUGCCCUUCACCAUUUUUCAUUCCCAUUUUCAUAAAUCAUAAAACCCCAUUUUCAACAUUCAUUUCUCAAUUUCACUUCAUCUUAUUCAAAAUCAAUUCAACAUGGCAAAGCAAUUAGAACCGUGGCACGACCUCGCCGGAAAAGUGGUCCUUGUCACCGGUGCAUCAGCCGGACUCGGCCGUGAUUUCUGCCUCGAUCUCGCUGGUGCUGGAUGUAAUGUGAUUGCGGCGGCUCGUCGUGUAGAUCGUUUACAGUCAUUGUGUGAUGAAAUCAAUGGAAAGGAUGGAAGGCUCCGUGCUGUUGCGGUGGAGCUUGAUGUGGCGGCUGAUGGUGGAGCUAUAGAGAAGUAUGUGCAGAAGGCAUGGGAGGCUUUUGGACAUAUUGAUGCGUUGAUCAAUAAUGCUGGUGUUAGAGGAAAUGUGAGUUCACCUUUAGAAUUGACCGAGGAGGAAUGGAAUAAUGUCUUUAGAACAAACAUAACAGGUGCAUGGUUGGUAUCAAAAUAUGUAUGCAAACUGAUGCGUGAUUCAAAGAGGAAAGGGUCAAUUAUCAAUAUUUCUUCAAUUGCUGGCCUAGAAAGGGGGCAAGUGCCCGGUGGAACUGCAUAUGCUUGUUCAAAGGCAGGCGUGAACAUGCUCACAAAGGUAAUGGCAUUGGAAUUGGGGGCACACAAAAUCAGAGUGAAUUCAAUAUCACCAGGACUUUUCAAAUCUGAAAUUACUGAAAGUUUGAUGAAGAAAGAUUGGCUAAACAAUGUAGCCAAGAGAACAGUGCCAUUAAGAGAAUGGGGCACUUCAAAUCCAGCAUUAACCAAAAUUGUUCGCUACUUAAUUCAUGAUUCUUCUGAAUAUGUGACAGGAAAUAUAUUUAUUGCUGAUGCUGGUGCUACCUUACCAGGCUUUCCUAUUUAUUCUUCACUAUGAAUCCGGUCAUAAUUUUUUAGUGAUAGAAUAUCCAAUUUUUCUCUAAAAUUUCUUUCUUCUUCAUUCACGAGGAGGGGUGGUUUUAGGUCAUUU